AUGGAGUCGAUUUUGGAAGCGCAGCGAAAUCGACACGAGGAGCGGGAACGGUUGAUCGAAGCGAUGACAAGAGAGACAAUCGUCGAGAAACGCUCGCACAAAGCACUCGUCAACAGUCAACACCGUGUUCGAUCCUAUGCUGAUAGAUACCUGGCAUCCACCGAAGAACUCGAGAAGAUGUACAUCGAUUCGACUCAAGAAAGACACAAAGAAGUCGAGGCUAUCAGUGGUCCAAACGAAUUUGCCGAAUUCUAUGCUCGUCUAAAAACACUCAAGGAUUAUCAUAAAAGAGCUGGGGAUGAGCCCGCGCAGUGCUUGGCUCUCGACUUCCAACAAAUUUUCACCGAAUUGGCAAAUCCUGAAAGAGAGGAACCCGACAUGGUCACAUUCACUGAUGAAGAAGGCUACGGGCGUUUCUUGGAUCUACACCAGUGCUACGAUAAGUACCUCAACUUGAAAGGGAUUAAAAGAAUCGACUACAUGUCAUAUUUGAAUCUGUUCGAGAAAUUGGACACGAUCAGCAAAAGUUCAACGAAGAAGACCGGUGCUUACAAAGAUUAUGUUGAGACCAUGAAGAAUUACUUGGUCAACUUCCUCAAUCGCACAAAACCAAUGAUGGAUGUUAAGGAUCAAAUGGACAAGGUGGCUGCUGAUGUUGAGCGUUUGUGGGAGAAAGGUGGCGUACCUGGUUGGAAAGAACAAGCUCAUCAAGGAGCUAUGGCCCCAGGACCAGCACCAGCCUCGAUUGAUCUUUCGGGAGUGAAAUCGGCUGAAGAAUUGGAGUCUUAUGGGCUUGAACGAUUAAAAGGAGCGCUAAAAGUACUUGGACUCAAAUGUGGAGGAACACUAAAAGAGCGAGCCGACCGUCUCUAUGCAACAAAGAACAAGCAAUUGGUUGAGCAUGACGAUUCUUCGGUCAAGAAGGACAACAACAAGGAAUCACUUCGGAACAAACAAUUGGCUACACUUGAGAUGCAAGUACUUUGUUUGAUGGGCCUUUUGCAAGAAGAAAGAGACGCCACAAAGGAGAAUGUGGAGCGCAAACAGGCUCGAGGCGGAGCCGAGGAAUCAGAAGAAGAAGAAGAGGUCUAUGUCGAAGUCGAGGAACCCGAGGUUGAUGAUAGCAUUCCCUAUAAUCCCAAGAAUCUUCCACUUGAUUGGGAUGGUAAACCGAUUCCAUAUUGGUUGUACAAACUUCACGGGCUCAACAUUUCAUAUUCGUGUGAGAUUUGCGGAAACCAGAAAUACAAGGGACCAAAAGCUUUUCAACGACAUUUCUCGGAAUGGCGCCACUCACAUAGUAUGCGUUGUCUCGGCAUUCCCAACACCGCACAUUUCAUGAACAUUACAAAGAUUGCUGAAGCACUAGCUUUGUGGAAUAAGAUGAAGAAAGACCAGGAGUUGACCCGGUGGAAUCCAGAACUUGACGAGGAGUACGAGGACUCGGCCGGAAAUGUUGUCAAUAAACGGACAUACGAGGAUCUCAAGCGACAAGGAUUACUG